UGCGCCUGAGGCUAAGCCGAAUUAAGCAUCGACCCCUCCAUGCGCCUAGCUUGAUUGGCAGUGCGGAUGGGCGACGUCAGUCGGCGCGAGGCCACUCUUGCGACUCCCAGUCGAGGCGAGGCCUUGAGUCAAUCGGGGUGUGAAGUCUUACCGCGUUCUAUGUCGCAUCGUUCCGUGGACCAGACAUCCGCCGAGCCCAUCGCAUCCCCCGCCAGACAUGCCGGAUGUUUCUCAAGCAAAUCGACCUGACGACUGCCCUUCGGCCCUCGUACCUUGCGGAUGAAGUGCUCCUCUGCCUCCAGGACAAUGUGGGGCUCUACGAGGGAAAGUACAAGCUGCCCAAGCAGCAGGACGGCCAAGUCUACCUGACGUCGCACCGUAUAUGCUAUGUCGACAAGGCUGAGCCCAGGAAGCACUCGGUCGCCCUGGACCUAAAGGAUGUGGAACGCUACGAGUUCUAUGCCGGCUUUCUGAAAUCCUCGGCAAAGAUCACACUGGUGCCAAAGCCGAGUAAGCGCCGCUCGACCCUACAGCCGCGAUCGCGGGCGCGGUCCUCCGGCUCGCCCCUGCGCAACGGCGCGUCGCCGCCCGCGUCCCGGCCCGAUGGCGCUGCGAGAGGCGGCGUGGCGGGACCCCCGGCGACGAGCACGGCAACCUGGGUAUGCACUAUCUGUAGCUUCUCGAACCCAGUGCCCUCCAACUUCGACCCGGCGACCGCAAACGCGCAUACUCCAUUACCGCCAUGUCUGGCUUGCGGUAUCAAACCCGCCCUGACGCACGUACUGAAGGCGGCCAUCUCCAACGCCACAAGCCGGCCUCCUCUCUCGGUACCACUCCCGCUCCGCCCGCAGGCACAGACGGUUGUUAGCCACGGCUAUGGGGAUGAUACUUCCAAUAGCAGUCGUGGUGGUUCUGCUACAACUUCUAGCGAGGAGGCUUCCUUCCAGUGCCCAAGGUGCACCUUUCUGAACCACCCGUCGCUGAUGUCUUGUGAGAUCUGCGGAGCACCGUUGGUCUCGCAGGAUGUGCCUGCUCAGUUGACCGCCGUUGAGCCUAGAACCGAAUCGCCCGGACUGUUUCUGACUCCUGUGGGAAACCACCCUGGGGUGGAAAACCCAGAGAGCGUCAAGCUAUCCUUCAGAGGUGGAGGAGAGAAGGUGUUUUACGAGCGCCUCAAAGGGUCCAUGACACAGCGCAAAUGGCUUCUACAAGACGCGCCGCCAAUACCCAGGUCAAUGCAUAGCACCGGCGACGGGGAUGCGGGUUCGCCCUCACGAUCCACGCCUGGGGCCGACCGCGUCAGAACUGCUGGAAUCGCGGGGCUGGAGAAACGUGGCCUCGAGAUGCGAAAGAACAACGAGAUGGUCAUCGGCAGCGCCUUUGAAGAUCUUGAGGCCCUGAUGGCUUCGGCCAAGGAGAUUGUGGCUCUUGCCGAGACGUUUGCCCGCCAGGUCAACAACAGCGGCGGGCCCGGAUCAUCUGAGGCAAGCAGACUUCUUGCCGAGUCUGCCAGCCAAUUGGGCCUGGUGACAACCAAGGAUGUCGUUGGAGGCAACAGUUCCGAGUCGUUGUACAUCUCGGAGCUGGCAAGAAACCUGGCCGAGUUUCUCACGGAUGACUCCCGGGGGAUCUUGAAGCGAUCAGGAGGCAUCAUCAGCCUUGUAGACCUAUGGGCAAUGUUCAACCGCGCACGGGGCGGCGUAGAACUGGUCAGUCCCAUGGACCUUGAGAAGGCUGUGCGGCAGUGGGAGAAGCUGCAGCUUCCGGUUCGACUGCGCACCUUCAAAAGUGGCGUCAUGGUCGCGCAGGGCGCUGACAGAACCGACGAGAGCACCGUCAAAACUGUCCUGGCGUGGAUGAAGGACCUCCAUGAGUUUCCUCCGGAUAGGGAGGUCGCCUGGAACUGGCACGAGUUUGGCCGGGGCGUGACUGCACAGGACGCGGCCGAGCGCUUCGGGUGGAGCAUCGGCGUGGCCGAGGAGGAGCUGGAAAUGGCCGAGGAGCGUGGCGUGCUGUGUCGCGAGGAGGGAAUCGAGGGCCUCAAGUUCUGGGAGAAUUUUAUCGACACGGGUGAGGGUCUCAGUCCUGCACAGCUCGAAGCCAAGGAGGCAAAGGAGGCCCAGGCGGUCAUGUAUAGGGCUCUGAAGGAUACAGGUCUUAUUUGAGUGUUGGAUGCUAUGGGGCUAUACACAAGCCGAUGUCUCGUUGAGAGUUGGAAUAAGAACAAACCACGAUGGGAGAUUCGAAUGCCAGGAAUCCGAGCGACAACAGUUGUAUUUCCCGGUACCUGUUCAGUUCAUGUGGCAUGAUUCUUUCUUCUCUAUCAAAAGUCUACUCGUUGAUGGCUCUAACAAUCAAACCUAUGGGUAUCCGACGACGGAAUCUGAGAAAGCAAGGAGCAAUGCGAAGCUAAGC